AUGAGAGUGCUAGUCGCUCUCUGCAUCUUUAUCUGGACUACAAACGCACAAAAUGAGGACGCCGGUACAUUGUUACAAUCCAUACUAGAUGUCGAUCGCUCUUUGGCAGAAGAAAUAAAGAAGGAUAUUUCUCUAGCUUCACAAAAGGAAAAACAGUUGCGAGAUGAAUUUGCGAAGAGCCUUAAUAAUUCAGUGCAGAGGAUCAAGGAUGUCCUUGGGCAACGCGUUGAUAAGUUAAGAGACAUAGAAGAGGGAUACAAGGCCGAGGAACUUGCACAAAAGCAGCAAGCUACUAUGGAGUGGGAAACUCUCAUGAAUGGAAUCAACAGCACAAAAGCAUUAUUGCAGGAGGAAAGGGAGAGAGAGAUGGACCAGCAGAAGCAGAUACUUCGGCGAGCGUGGGAUGAAGCAAAAGUGAAACUUGAUGAGAUCCAAUCAAGACUGAAUGAUUCUGCGGAUGUUAAAAAAGAGCGUAGAAAAGAGAUGCUGCUAAGUAUGAGGUCAACAAUGGACGAAAUCCGAGCAAUAAUGAAUCAGGAAGAGGCAGCACGUAAGCAGCAGCAGCAACAAAGACGUGCAGAGUUUGAAAACAGACUGAAUCAGAUAAAAAGUGAUAUAAUGGCUCGAAAAGAUGAUCUGGAUGCUCGUGAACAAGAAAUUAGAGACAAAUAUGCGGAGCUCACGCAGAAACAAGCUGAACUGAAGGAGUCUAUCCAGGCACGAUUUAGCUUUUUGAAGUAUUUAUAUGAAAAAGAUUCCUUUAGAACGCGUUGUUAG